CCUGGUGAAUCCCACCCUAAUUAAAGGCCCUGCCCCGGAGACCCCCUCAAGAGGGAGAGCCCUCUUAGGAGCUGUCUUCUCUCUGCAGGGACGAGGAGGAAGAGGAGCAGGCAGGGGUGCUGAGCAGCUGCGCUGCGGUGAGGGGGCUCCGGGAGAUGCGCAGGUACGACUGCCGGCUGCAGACGCCGGGGCCCGUGCGGCACCUGAGCUGGACAGCAGGAGCACACGGUGAGGGCGGUGGCUCCAGGCUGAGGCCGCAGCCCAGUAGGAGCCAGCUGGGCUCCGUGCAAGCCGUGCCUCGUGGCUCCUGUGUGCCCUACCCCAGUGUGCAGGGCUCGGGCGGUGCCAGGGGUACAGCUGCCUUCAGAGAUUCUCCCGCUUCUCAUCUGCCAAGCCGUUGUCCCGACGCCUAUGCCAGCCGGACCAGCAGGCCCCCGCGGGACGUGGCUCAGGGCCCCGGGCCCCUGCCUGCCUGCCGCGUGCCCCAGGGGCCCCCGCCUGCAGCUCAGCACUUCCCAGCAGGCAGCGGCUCCACCGAGGACACCCAGGGAGCCCCGUGCCACCCCCUGAUGUCGCUGGAGAUGCCCAUCAAAAUGGAGAAAGACUCUGGACCCGAGGAUGCCGCAGGCGCCUGCGGUCCUGGCCAGGCGUGGCAGGGAGCCAGCAACGUGGCCAAGUCACACCUGGUCACUUUCCCUACCAGGGUGCACCUGAAAGUGGAGCCGCACUCCAGGCCCCAGGUGUACGCCCCACACCUUGGGCACAGAGUGCUGGGAGCGGCCCCCCACAGCAGGGCCGCCGCUGGGCCUUGCAGAGAGCUGGCCCCAUUCUACCCCCCACCCUGCGCCUGCCUGGAGCACCUGCACAGCCUUCCUGAGCCGCAGCGCCCCCUCCACCUCUGCACACCUGGCCGCCCUGAGCACCAGCCCCUGGGUCCCGGGGACGCCCCCACGGUCAAGCGCGAGCCCCUAGACUCACCCCCCUGGGCCCUGAUUCCGCCCGGGGCCUCUGAGUGCACAUUCCUGCCCUAGCACUGCUGGCCCCCUGGGGCUGCUGACUGGCUGGGGCUGCCUCCACUGGGACACAGGGACACGGCCUGAGCCCCAGCAGCAGAGCCCUGCAGGGUGGUGUGUUGGACCGUGUGUUACAGGUGUCCUGCCAUGACCCUAACUCUGCUUAGUGACCAUGAUGCUCUUUGAGAAGUUGAGGUCAUCAAGAGAGUGGCCAGCGGUGGCACACACAACACGGCCGGCCAGUGCUUUGUGCUUCAAGAAGCAGCUCCACAGUCCAGGUUGGCGCCCACGGGCGUGGCGCCUCCAGCCCGGCCUCCAGUCUGCCUCUCAGCCUCCUGCCUGUGGGUAGGGCAAGGCUUCAGGGCGGAGGAUGUUGGCGAGCAGCACAGGGUGCAUUAGUGAGUCGCUCAGUGGGAGGUGACCCUGAGCAUCAUGGAAGGAACCCAAGAGGGUGCACGUGGAAGGGGCUGUGGGUGCUGGGAAGUGCAGCAGAUGCAAGAGGGGCCACGGGUGGGUGGAGGCACAGGAAGCAUCUGGGAACUGCCCUGGGAUUUUCAUGGGUGCCUGAGGACCACCCACGGCAACUUGGGGCUGCAGGCGCAGUCCCGGCUCCUUCCAAGUGCCCUUGGCCGGCGUGGAACAUCCAGUGCACAACAGAGGAUGUGGAGGAGGCCACGCAGCGGGUCCAGUGCCUGCCCUGAGGCCACCUUCUCUUGGGAGCUGUGGCCGUGGCAGCGCCUGCAGACCAGGGACCUGUGGGCCAGGGACCUGCCUGCACAUUCAGGCUUCAGCUUGGGCUCUGCCGUUCAUGGCCUUGGGACAGCAGUGUUCAGCCCCUGGGUGGACAUGCAUGGUAAAUGCACACUUGUGGACACGUGGCUCAGCAGCACACACCUGGGGUGCUUGCCCUCAGCAGCCCGGGCUCAGGAGGAUUUGCCCUGGGGCAGCGAUGGGGCUGAAGAUAUCCUCCCAGCACUCAGGGCCACCUGCGCAGUGGCCUCUCGGGUCUGCUCAUCCCACAAUUCCCUUUGCAAAGGUGACCUUGAUGCCAUGCUGUCAUGGGCAGGAGCCAUGCUCACAGCCUCCACGUCCACUGCCAGUUUCUUAUUCCCCUGAUGCCUGAAAUCAGGAUAAUGGCCUAACUACCUCGGGGCACAGCCACCUGGGGAUGAAGUCACCUGGGGAUGCAGCCACCUAGGGAUGAAGUCACCAGGGGACGCAGACAUCUGGGGACACAGCCACCUGGGUACACAGCAACCUGGGGACACAGCCACUUGGGAAGACAGCCACCUUGGGACACAGCCACCUAGGGAUGAAGUCACCAGGGGACACAGCUAUCUGGGGACGCAGACAUCUGGGGACACAGUCACCUGGGGACACAGCCACCUGGGGACGCAGCCACCUGGGGACAUAGCCACUUGGGGAUGGAGCCACCUGAGGACACAGCCACCUGGAGACACAGCCACCUAGGGAUGAAGUCACCAGGGGAAACAGCUAUCUGGGGACACAGCCACCCAGGGAUGCAACCACCUGGGGACACAGCCACCUGAGGAUGCAGACACCUGGGGACGCAGUCACCUAGGGAUGAAGUCACCAGGGAACGCAGACAUCUGGGGACACAGCCACUUGGGGACGCAGCCACCUGGGGACACAGCCACCUAGGGAUGAAGUCACCAGGGGACACAGCCACCUGGGGACGCAGCCACCUGGAGACACAGACACCUGGGGAUGCAGCCGCCUUGGAAUAGAAUACAACCACCUGGGGACACAGCCACCUGGGGAUGCAGACACCUGGGGAUGCAGCCACCUUGGAAUAGAGUACAACCACCUGGGGAUGCAGCCCUAAGGAUGCACCUGGGGACGCAGCCACCUGGUCUGAUUCUCGCUCUCUGCACAGCUGGCCCAGUGUUCCCUCUUCACUCGGUCUUGUGCCCAGCGCGGCACUUGCACUCUGCUGUUAAUGACUUCACCCUUAAGACAGGGGUGUGGUACUUCAGGCUCUUCCUCCUUUCCUCCUAUCCCAACCAAGCGCCACUCUGCCUCUAGAAAGCCCCUCCUGGUGUCCAGACUCCAGCAUCUCCCAGGCAGGAGCGGUGGGGGCAGGGCAGUUCCGAGGCUCGUAGGCAGCCCAGCGCUCAGCACCACCCCUUCCUGCCUUGGAGCAGGAGCAGCAACAGACGAGCAGGUGUGAUGCCUCCGGAGUGUCCUGAAAGUGCAUGGAAACAGGAAGAGAAGAAAUGAGAGUCAUCAUGCGUUUCCAGCCCCUCUGAGGUGGCCGACGGGGGCCACAGAUCCUGCCCAGGAGACUUCCCCCCAGAAACAGCCGCCCACCCCUCCUGGACCAGCAUGGACCAGUCCAGUGGCCUCGGCUGCCUGAUGGGUCAUGCUCUCUUGACCCUCAUUCCACAGCUGGGUUUUGUGUUCUGGGGACACGCUGUGUCACGGGCGCCAAAAAUUGUCUCAGUGAGAACUUUUGCCAUUUUCUCCCCAGGUCCUGCAGGAGGCUGUGUGAGGAAGGCAGCAGGAAGGGGCAGGGGCAGGUGUGUGAUGUCACAGGGACACAGGGAGGGGCAGG